CCGUAUCCCGUAUCCUGGUAGUGCCACCCCCCCUCCCCCUGGUUGGGGUUAGGGUUUAGGGUAAGUUAUGAUAGAGCGCGGCAGAGAUAAUUAGCUAGGUUAGGAAUAAUGCUGGGGGUUAGUUAGAGAAGGUAAAGGAAACGCAUAUCGACGGGGAAACAGACUUCGACACAACACCGGUACUUCUCUUUCCUUCCUUAUCUUUUUAUUUACGUCACAACUCGUUUGCGUCCAUUCACGCAGCCAGGCAGCAUACCGGAAAAAUGGAAAACACGAGAAACAGCCACUCUAAUGUGGUCCUUAAAAGUACAGAGGACUGCGCCAUUUGCUUGGACAAAAUCCAAGAGAGGAAGAUGUUAAAGUGCCUUCACUCUUUUUGCUCUCAGUGUAUCGACUCGGUUUUCAGGUUUAAACCCGCUUGUCCGAUAUGCAACACCUACCACGGAGUGUACACGGGGACCCAGCCGGAGGGGACGAUGACGGUGACGCGCAGCUGGCAGCGCCUGCCCGGCUUCGAGCACUGCGGAUGUAUUGUCAUACAGUACAGCUUCCCAGCAGGGAUACAAGGGCCUGAGCACCCAAACCCUGGAGUGAGGUACAGCAGCACCUCUCGUACUGCCUACCUGCCAGCCUGCGAGGAGGGGGAGAAAGUCCUGAAGCUGCUCAGGAAAGCCUUCGACAGGAGACUUGUCUUCACUAUCGGACAAUCCGCAACCACAGGCCUCAACAACGUCAUCACCUGGAACGACAUUCACCACAAGACCAACGUUGGAGGUGGUCCACAAUGCUUUGGAUAUCCAGAUCCAGCAUAUUUGUUCAGGGUUCAAGAGGAGCUUCGUCUUAAAGGAGUGACAGAGGAAGACUAAUGGGUGAAGUCAUCCUUCAAGUAGAUUUAAUACUGUGUAUUGUGACAAAUUUCCGUAUUUCAAGUCUGCACUUUUUUUAGACCUCAAACAGGGAUCUUCACGGCUGACACUUUAAAAUGUUUCUUUUGUGUUGAAAUUGAUUUAUUAGAUAUAAGACAUGGAGGUUUGUGGUUUUUCCCAAAGAUUUCCAAUUGUUCAUUUCAACUGACUAUGCAAAGAAUUACUUUAAUCACAGGCCAUACAGUAAGCAGUACAGUAGGCUAUACUACUGAUCAUCAGAUAUUUCAAUCAUGUAAAUAUGCCAUUUUCUUCUGUUUUUAACAUGGCGUCACAUGGGAUCACAAAUCUGGUGCCUAGUGGUGGUAAAAGCAGUCUUCUCUUGAUCAGGCCCACAGUCGGCAUCAAGAAUGUAGACAAAACAGGUAAAAUAAUCCUGAGGGCUACGGCCAGCAGAACAGAAGAAAGACAAAGAGUGACUGCUAGCUGUGUCCUACAUAGACUGUGGUGAAAUAGACUGAUGACGAUUUGACCACAACUGUGCACAACUCUGCAGUUUUGCAUCCUGUAGCACAUUUCUGAAUGUAACUGCAUGUACCAACAUAUCAUUACCGUAUACUUCUAACUAACACUGUUAUGGACUAUGUCUAAUUUACUAUUGCUGAUGUCUGGUGGCUGCUUUGACAUAAACUGAGGCUCUGUCCACUCAUUCAACCAGUGAAGUCCAUGUAGGAAACCACUGUGUACAUGUGAUAGAGAUGACAUUUGUUAAAUUUAUAGGUAAAGUGUGAGAUGUAUGUGUCAUUAUGUUUAAAGUCUGGUGAUAAUCUACAUUUCUCUUACUGUCAACAAAUCCCAUGAAAAGACCAAAACCAACAAUCAAUCAGUCCGACUAGCAAGUAUAGCUUACGUAACCAAAGCCUUUACAUUACACUGUACUGUAUACAUUCAGAUGAACAAGGGCAUUGCCUUUUAUUUUGAGUUGAUCCCACAUGUUCCAUAUUUCCCAACAAAUGCACUUUACUCCUGUUUGAGUAACCUUUGUUAAAAGCUGGUUUAGGAAAUUAUUUAGCGUUUUAAAAAAAAAAAAGAAAAAAAAGAAAAUAUAUAUU